ACUUCGGUUUUGUGUGUUUAUACAUAUUUGGAAACCCCCAGAGAUAAGCUCAAGUAAACAGUUCAUUGAUAAUAAGAGCGUGUUCGCAACUAAAAGCAUUUGCUCAAGGACCGAUGAUAGUAAACAAUAUUUUUUGCACGCGACUUAAUCACGUAGCUAAAAUGCGAAUUAUUUCUUCAGUGACAAGUUCGACAUUAUUUCUCGCCUUGAUAAUAGCAUCCCGCGCUGAUAGCGAUGAAAGUGAUGAAAGCGGCGAACGAAACACAAAAAUCUUCGACAGGAUUACCUCGCUGCUUUAUCGAUCUACUAAAAAUCAUGGGCAUCAUCAAGACGGACCUGGCAGCCUAAUGCAACCAUAUCCUUAUCUAUAUAUGGGAUUUCCAUACUAUAUUGGAACUAACGCAGGGCCAUAUAUGCCAGCGGAAUAUCAGAGGACACCACCACAAGGAUAUCCAUCUGUAGCUUAUAGCGCUCCACAGCCGACACCAGGCGCUAGUACAUUUAAUGUUGCUCAGCUACCCAACAAUGCAAAUCCAAACUAUUCCCUAUAUCCAAAUUACCCUGCAUAUCCGAGUGUUCCCACAUAUAAUCCAUAUCCAAGCAUACCAACGCAGGCGUAUUCUUCAGAUAAAAAACACCAUCAUCGCCAUUCAUCAUAGGAAGAUUCAGAAGAGCGUAACUAUUCCAGAGGACAACAUGACUCAGGAAACGGUGUUAGUUCUAUGGAUCAUUCGCUAAAAUCAAAUACUGAAUAUCAAGAAACGGGGCAUUACUUUGGCCCAUAUCAAGGACGUCCGUUAGGCUUACAAUAAGUUACUGAGCAGUCGUGUAUCAAUUAAGUUUUUGUUGUUGAAAUACUGACGAAGAGAAAAAAAAAUAAAAAUAAAAAUAAAAAUAAAAAUAAAAACAGAUACAUAUAAAUAUAUAC